AGCUUACAAUCUCUGUCAACCAACGGGAGUGCAGGGCUGAGACCGCGACUGAGAAGCGUGAGAGUCGAGCAGGCGGUAGGCGUGACGCGGAGCUGGUCCGGUGCAGUUUGACAGACUGGAGCGGGGACAUUAACAGGGCACGUUAUUGCUUUUUUGGAUGCAUUUAUAUUUAUUUUAUUCUCGCCUUUCAUUGCUGUCAUUGGUCAUUGCUACCUGAAUCACAUUUGGAUUAGACUCAUGUAUCACAACGUCUUAAGGCGUGGGGAAUGUGAUAAGUUAUCACCCACUUCUCCACAGAGUUAAGAUGAGCGUUUCGCCUGUACCACACAGUCCUAGUGAUGCCACACAGGCUGCCGACCUUCCGCUUCCGGAUGGCCUUCUGGCACGAGACCAGGCAUCACUGUCCACUAUCCUGCAGAGUCCUUCCUUCAGGGAGGAGCUGGAUAUCCUGAUCCAGGAUCAGAUGAAGAAGGACAGCAGCUCCUCCAGCCUGUGGGCCCUGCAGCGCAUUGCUGACUUCCUGUCUUCCUAUGGUGCCUCUGCGGCUCUCCCCACCUCGCCAUGUUCCUUGACGACAGUGAUGCCGAUCAAUGACCUGCGAGGCAGGGAUCCUGGCUCCAUGGCAAAGGGGGAGGGGCUGCAGCGGUGUAAACUGGCCAGCGUUUACCGCCUGUUGGACUUUUACGGCUGGGCCCGCCUCAGCCGCACAUACCUCACGCUGCGCGUGAGUAAGGAGCAGGAUCACUUCCUGGUGCUUCCAGACGGCUUGUCGUACAGCGAAGCGACUGCCUGCAGCCUGGUAAAGGUGAAUGUCCUGGGGGAGGUGGUUGAGCAGGGCAGCACCGCGCUGGGGGUGGACCUUGGCGUCUUUGACCUGCAUGCUGCCAUCCACUCUGCCCGGCCUGACGUACGCUGCCUGCUACACCUUCAAACACCUGCCACGGCAGCGGUGUCGGCCAUGAAAUGCGGCCUGCUGCCGCUUUCCCACGAGGCCCUCCUGGUGGGUGGGGCGGCCUACUACAGCUACAGCGGCUGCCUGGAGGAGGCCAGCGAGAGGCUGGAGCUGCAGAGGAGCCUGGGCCCCACCUGCAAGGUUCUGGUCCUAAGGAACCACGGUAUAAUGGCUCUUGGAGAAUCAGUGGAGGAGGCUUUCUACAUCAUCUACCACGUGCAGGCAGCCUGUCAGAUACAGGUGUCAGCCAUGUGCAGCGCCGGUGGAGAGAAGAACCUGAUCCUGUUAGACCGGACCACCCAGAGACCCUACCCGGCCGGCACUGUAGGCUGGGCGGGGUCCACUUUCGGCCCAAUGCACAAAAGCCGGCGUGGGGAGAACGAGUUUGAGGCACUAAUGAGGAUGCUUGACAACCUGGGCUACAGGACGGGAUACCCGUACCGCUUCCCAGUGCUGCGGGACCGAGCCCGGGCACGCCGGGAGGUGGAGGCUGCCCCCAGCGCCAUGACUACACUCAGCCUCGAGUGGGCCGGUGGCCGCAGCCACCUGCGCCCACCCCCCCACGCCCAAAAGCAGCGGCAGGAGCGGACCAAAUGGCUGAACACGCCCAACAGCUACUGCAGGGUGGACCAGCCUCAGGACAGCCCAGGGUGGCAGCGCUGCACAUGGUUGAAGGCUCAGGAGGUUAAACAGGGAAGCGGCUUGGCCAUCAAGAUGGAAAAUCCCAACCAGUUUGUGCCACUCUUCACCAACCCCGAGGAGGUGCUAGAGACGCGCAGAAAGAUCCGUGAGCAGAACCGGCAGGAGGUGAAGUGGGCGGGGCCUCAGUCCCAUGUCCUGGCCAGCAUGCUGUCCGACACGGAUCUUAAUCAGGCCUCAGAGCCUAACCUGACCCAAACCGGGGCUCCCUCUGGCCCAGAUAACAGUACCGCUGAGCCUCCGCCGGCCCCAGAACCCGAGCCCCCCAACCCCUUUAGCCAGCUUACGGACGAGGAGCUGGAAGAGUACCGGCUGGAGGUGCAGAGGAAGCAGCGCUUCGGCCUGAAUGGAGCUGGGGCACAGCUGGUGGAUAUGCAGGCACCCUCCCCCACAGCCUCACCGAAGAUGGAUGCCUCCAGCCCCCCACCAGACGAGUUGCUGGUUGUGGCACAAAAUGGAAGCAAGGAGAACCAGAAUCAACAGGAGGAGGACCGCCCUCUGGAGAGCGGGAUGAAAGCACUGUCCAUGGAGGAAACUAUUCCAGCCUCCCCCACUGCACCGCCUGCUGAGCCCCCGUCCAAGUCGCCUGCUGCAGAGGCCUCGCCCUGCAAGAAGAAGAAGAAGUUCAGGACCCCAUCGUUCCUCAAGAAGAGCAAGAAACAGAAUGUGAAGGUGGAGGCUUGAUGGGACAGACAGACAGCUAUAUAUACGAGACCCUUCCCUGUGCAAACGGGCUGCCUGGCUACCUCCCUCAUUAUUAUGGGCUGCUUGGCCCCUCCCUCAUUACCACGAGCCGUCUGGCCCCUCCCACAUUACCAUGGGCAGCCUGGUCCCUCCCUCAUUACCACAGGCUGCCUGCCCCCCCCAUUACUAUGGGCCCCCUGGCUCCUCCCUCAUUACCACAGGUUGCCUGGUUCCUCCCACAUUACUAUAGACCCCCUAACCCCUCCCUCUUUACUUCUGGCCGCCUGGUCACUCCCUCAUUACCACAAGCUGCCUGGUCCCUCCCUCAUUACCACAGGUCACCUAGCCCCUUCCUCAUUGCCACAAUCUGCUCCUGAGUCUGGUCCCUCCCUCAUUAACACAGGCUUCCUGGCCCCUCCCUCAUUACCACAGGCUGCAUGGCCCCUCCCUCAUUACCACAGGCUGCCUGACCCCUCCCUCAUUAACAAGGGCAGCCUGGUCCCUCCCUCAUUGCCACAACCUGCUCCUGAGUCUGGUCCCUCAUUACAACACACAACAGCAUCAGUUACAUUGCAUCAGUUACAUUACAUUGGCUACAAGAGUUCUGGUACAGCACACUGGAUCCCUAGGGGGAUUGCUGUUAUACCUUUGAGUAAGAAUGAACAAGCUAGAAAGGCUCCAGUAAAACAUCCAGCUCUAUAAAUCAGAUGAGCCCUUUGCACAAAGGUUAAACUGACAUGCACAUCAGAGAAAAGAGCUGCAUUCUCCAUCAAUAGGUAUCACUAGGUAUCCAGAUAUACCCCAGAGGCAAAGGCAGGCACUGAUUUUAUUCUAAUAUCAGCAGGCAGUGAUGGCCUCUAUGUUUGCCAUUUUCAUUUCAAAAGAGAUGGCUGCCCUGCUCAGAUUGCAUCUUAGAUAAAUGAUCAACCGUUAAGCAACAAUCCCUCAAUGAAUGUCUGAAAGGUACAGAGUCAGUGAGGGGAAAAGGCAGAUUUUAUUUCUGCUGUGUAGCUCAUGAUUGUGCCUACAGGCCUGAUAUAGAUGUCUUUUCGUAUUCAUGGUUGACUCAUUGUAUAUUUAAAAUGGUCUUGUAAAUAAGACUCGUAUCAGUAUUUUUCCCCUCUGCAGGCAUCACAGUAUUCCUUAAAUACUCUCAUUACUUGUGUUCCCAAUGUCUUUAACUGGUUUCCUGUUAGCCGUCAAUUGGUUUGGUACUUCCCAUUAAAGAUCCGAUCUGUUUUA